AUGCUUUAUGCAAACAAGCUAUUUCUACAUGCACAACAAAUGGAACAAAUUGUGUUGGAAUUACGUUAUGCUCAGAAACUAACACUGAUGGAGGUUGUGUUAAUAAUAUACAAAAUAUAUCAUCUUUAUAAUCAAUUUUUAAUAAUCCAAACACUUACCUCACAUGAUACUUAUUUAAAUUAAUUUAAGUUCAUGUGUUAGAAUGUACUCUAUUUUUUAUAAUGGUUGUUUUAUAAAAUUCAUUUGAAAAAAUAACUGAAAAAAUAUUAUCAUUCCAUGAUCGAUGGACUUAUUGANGUAAAUUCUGGAGGUACCGCUUGCUAAACUAUGGUAUCUAAAUGUGCUGAUUAAACUUCAACUACUUGCCUUUACUCUGUUGAAGGAGAAUGUGUAGUAGUAGGAACAUCAUGCGUACGAAAGACAUGCGAUACUGCAGCAACAGAUGCUACUCGGGAUGAUGACUCUGAAUGUUCAGCUUACUAAUAAUCUUGUACUGUUGCUAGAUUAGGAGCUUGCCAAGCCAGAGCAGCUUGUGGUGCUUACAAAUCUUCGCUCUAAUGUAAGUUUAAUACCAGCGGUGGAAAAUGCUUUUGGAAUCCAACUAAUAAGACAUGUGUUGAUUUGAAUUGUGGUAACAUUGAAGCCACAACCUCAUACGAUACUCAUAAUGAAUGUGUUGCUGUUGAUUCAACACUUGCUUGCACAGUCAGAGCUACAAAUGCUGCAGCUGUUUAAGGUUGUAUGGCAAGAGGAGCAUGCGCUUCAUAUACCAUUGAAGAACAAUGCAAAACUAAUGCAAGUAAUGGUGUUUGUGUUUGGAAUACAAAUGCAAAUUUAUCUUCACCUGCUUGCCAAGAUAAAUCUUGUACUAGUGCUCCGACUUCCACUACAACCCAUAAUGAUUGUUUUGCUUAUUAUAAUACAGCAACAGUAAGAUGUACCGUUGUUGCUACUCCAAGCAAUAGUGGCGGUAGUCCAACUUUAGGAGGAUGUUAAUAGACUGCUGCUUGUUCAAGCUAUAUUGAUAAAGAAUAGUGUUAAAUAAAUGCCAAUGGAGAACCAUGUGGAUGGAAUGGUACUUAAUGUGCUGACAAAGCUUGCUCUACUGCUCCUGCAACUACAGAUUAUGAUGAUGAUACCAAAUGUAGAGCUUACUUAUCUAAUAAAUGCACAGUCUCAGAUUCUGGAUUAGGUUGUGUAGAUAUUCCUGCAACUUGCGAAACAAUGACAUAAAAGCAAUGUUAUUAUAAUAAAGCUGGGGAUCCAUGCUAUUGGACAGGAACAGCUUGUAUUACAAAAUCAUGUGACAAUGCUCCAGAUGCAACAGCCACAGCAGAGGAAUGCAAUACCUAUUUGGCUGGAUGUACUUUAGAUAAUGUUAAAUGCAAGACUAAAGUUUGUGAAGAUUUUGCCUUUGCCACAGAUGCUUUAUGCAAACAAGCUAUUUCUACAUGCACAACAAAUGGAACAAAUUGUGUUACAAGAGGAACAUGUUUCUAAGCCUUAAGUCAAGCUGGAUGUGUUACAUCCACAACAGGUUAAUAAUGCGAAUGGAUACCAGCUGUUUUGAAUGCAUCAAAUGUCAUAACUACUCCUGCUUAUUGUACCAUUAAAAAUUGCAGCACUGCUCCUAUCACUUUAACAACUGAAGCUGCCUGUGCUGGAUACUUUACAAAUUGUACAACUAAAAAUGGUGGAGGUUGUAUUACUAAAUCAACUUGCUCAGCUGUCACUAUUGAUGUUGCUUGCACAACUGCUUUGAAUGGUACUAUUUGUGCUUGGGAUAGUGCAUAAAAUAAAUGUAGAGAUAAAGAUUGCUAAGAUUUCAGUGGAACUACUCAUGCUGCAUGUUAAGCCUAAAGAACUGGAUGCACAGCUGGAGCUAGUGGAAAAUGUGCUAGAGUAUAAAAUUGUGAGCAAACCUAAGUAAGAGCAGCUUGUAUUGAAGGAACAAAUGGACCAUGUUUAUGGAUUGAUAAAUAUGUUAACACUGAUGGAAGUAAAGGAGCUUGUUUCAGAUACACAUCAUGCAAAAGUUUAACUUGGAAUAGCGAUACUUCUUGCAAGUGGAUAAGUAAUAGAUGCACAACUAAUGGUUCAAAUUGUGUUGGAAUUACGUUAUGCUCAGAAACUAACACUGAUGGAGGUUGUGUUACUGGAUAUGAUGGAGCUUGUAUUCAAUCGGUUCCAGCUUUGAAUUCUUCAGAUCCAAAAGUUUGCAAACCAUACACAUCUUGUGCUGAUGCUUUCUACACAACUCAUUCAGAUUGUUAAAUUGCUAGUAGUAAAUGUACAACAAAUGGAACAACAGGAUGUAUUGCUUUAGGAUCUUGUUCAUCUUACACUGCAUAGGCUGGAUGUUACUUCAAUGAUAAGGGAGCUCAAUAUUCAUCUGGAGCUAUUGUAUCAACUGGAGUUUGUACUUGGGAUACUACAUCAAGUAGUUGCAGAGAUUAAUCAUGUGCAGACUUAACUGGAACUACCCAUGCAACAUGUUCAUCAUAAUUGUCAACUUGCACGUCAGAUGGAACUACAUGUUUACUCAAAGGAGCCUGUACAUCAUACACCACUUAAAUUGCUUGCACCACCGCUGUUGGAUCUGAUGGAUCAUGUUAUUGGGAACUAGCAUCUGCUACAAAUAACAACACUGCCAAAUGUAGAUUACUUACUUGUGCUGAUAUUCAAAAUGGAACAGCAACUAACGUUUGUUCUGUAGCCUUGUCAACUUGUGUUUCAAAUGGAACUGCUUGCAUUCCAAAAGCCAAUUGUUCAACCUACACAUCUAAGAUAGCCUGCAACUCAGGAGGUUUAGAUGGUAUUUGCGUAUUCACUCAAUCAACUGCAACUGGUGCUGCUGCUGGUACUGGAACUUGUGCAUUAAUGACUGCAUGUACAGUUGCAAAUAAUGAUUAAACAGCAUGCUAGGCUGCCAAAGAUAGGUGCUCUUGGACUGCUGCUUCAGGAACUGGAGCUACUGCAGUUGCGAGUAAAUGUGCCACUCAUACUUGUGCUACAAAUUAAGCUACUAAUGGAGCUUGCACAAGAUUCUUGAAUUGGGAUAAAAAGACUCAAUAAAUUUGUACUUUAGUAAGUGGAGCAUGCACAGCAACAGAUCCAUCAACAUUAUCAUCUAACGAUUGCUUCUUGGUUUCUGGAUAUACAUAUACUUGGAACGCCUCUUCAAGCAAAUGUGGAGUUUGCACUGCAGUUGUAGUCUAACCAAAUAAUUCAAACAAUAAUACUAACAAUACAGACAACAAUACAACAACAGACUCAGGGUACAUACUCGGUUUAUCAGUAGUCUUAGGAUAUCUCAUGUUCUGAGGAGAAUGAUUUUUAAAUAUAUA